GACCUUUCCUUUCCUUUCCUCUCCUUUGUCAAAUCACUGUACAGGGAAAAAGAAAAAAAAAAAAAAGUCAACCACAAAUUCUGCUCAUGAAAUUCUUCAGCUUGAUGGUAGUAUAAAUACUGAGAUGCUGCAAAUCGGCUUUCAUUUCAAUUUUUAUAAAAAAUCAAGCAGCGAGCACAGGAAAGAGUCUUGAAGCAUAAGCAUCUGGAUAUUGGAAAGAAGAAAAAGGGAAAUUCUGUAGCAAAAAUCAGAAACAGCGAGCUAUAGCCAUGGCGGAUGAUCAGUUUCAGCUGGGAGGAGGGAACUGGUGGGAUACAUCAAGAAACAGAUUUGACAGCUCUGGAACAACGCCCACUUCGAUUUCGACAACGUUGAAUGCCAUAGCAAGCUUCGGAUGGCCGACAGAAAUGGUCGACACGAAAUCCAGGUCUUCCAUGGAUUCUGCAACGCCGUCGUCCGCCGUGGGGCACGGCGGCGUUUUAGCAAAUCAGAACUUGCAAAUGAUGGGGUUGGGGCUUUCUUCUCAGAGCAUGGAUUGGAACCCGGCUUUGUUUAGAGGUGAAAAAGGUGAGAGCAGUUUCCGGGCGUUGCUGCAAGAAGAUAUGAGUUCA